AUGUCAAGAACCGAUCCUCGAGCUGCGACCCUCUUCUUCAAGAAGCAUAAAACCACCGUCCUUCUAGUUCUGCAGCCUCACGAAUCCCUCGAAUCAGCCCAAGAAAAGCUUCUGCAAGCUCUGAAAUCGCGCGGAUUAACCGACAUCAAUGGCGACCCCAUCCCGGACGACCCCUCAGACAUCGAGUUCGGCGUUGCGGUGGACCGGCACGACCUUGAUAAAGGCUGGACACGACUAGACGCAGAAGUCCCAGAGCUUAACGAGAAUGGUUCCAAAAAGGGUGCAGGGAGACCCAAGAAGCCUGAUUUCUCUUUACAAGCUGCAGGGCUUCAAGAUGGACACCCGGUCGCUUUUCGAUUCCGCAAACCCACGCCGGAGGCCGAAGGGGCCGAGCUCGACAUGGAUCUCGACCAUGAGGAUCCUGGCUGGGAUGUGGUCGUUCCAAGCUUUGAGUAUGAGGAGGAAGAAUAA